AUGGCGCCUCUCACGUGGCUCAUAACAGGCUGUGCAUCCGGCUUUGGUCUUGAGCUGGCUUACCAACUUCUAGCACGGGGAGACAAAGUCAUCGCUACCUCACGCACGAGAAGCAAGAUUGUCGAUCUGGAAAAGCAGGGCGCGACCAUCAUCGAGGUAGACCCAACGCUGCCCGACGGACAAGUCAAAUCCGUUGUUGAGGCCGGUAUCAAGGAAGCAGGGGCAAUUGACGUGCUUGUCAACAAUGCUGCAUACAUGCUUUCGGGUGCAAAUGAGGUAUUGACAGCAGAAGAAUGGCAAUCCCAUUUCGAUGUCAAUGUGUUCGGCGCUCUGCGAAUGCUUCGCACCGUCCUACCGCAUCUACGUCGUCACCGGUCAGGCACCAUAGUCAAUAUGGGCUCGCUCUCCGGGUGGGAAGGCCAUCCAGGCUCAGGGGCAUACAAUGCCACUAAAUUCGCCAUUGCAGGCAUAUCGGAGUCCCUGAAGCUCGAACUUGCUCCCUUCGGCAUUGAAGUCGUUUGCAUCGAGCCUGGGACAUUUCGUACAACCUUCCUUUCGCCAGAGCAUAGACACUCCAGCAGCAGCAAGAUCGAGGACUAUGAGGCACUGACAAAUGGGAUGAGAGAAGCCCUGGACGCAUACCACCAAACUCAAGUGGGCGAUCCUGUUAAGGGGGCAAGAGUCAUCAUCGAGGCUGUGACGAGGACGGGGCCGUUCAGCAACAAAGAGUCGCUGCCGGCGAGAAUGACAUUGGGAAGCGAUGCGGCAGAGGCUGUGAGACAAAAGCUGCGGGCAUUGAGUGAAUCGCACGAGAUGUGGUCACCUCUCACGUCCGACACCGACUGGUGA